AGGUUAACACUACAUCAGCUUUAUUCAGCAUGGAUUUCUACUAUAUGUCAGGUAGCGGUGGAUGCCGCACGGUCAUGAUGGUGGCCAAGGCUCUUGGACUCGAGCUGAACAAGAAGUUCGUGAACACCAUGGAGGGCGAUCAGCUGAAGCCGGAGUUCGUGAAGAUCAAUCCCCAGCACACUAUUCCCACGCUGGUGGACAAUGGAUUCGCCAUCUGGGAGUCCCGUGCGAUCGCCGUCUAUCUGGUCGAGAAGUACGGCAAGGACGAUUCGCUCUAUCCCAAGGAUCCCAAGAAGCAGGCCGUGGUCAACCAGCGCCUGUACUUCGACAUGGGCACCCUAUCCGAAGCCUUCGCCAAGUACUACUAUCCCUUCUUCCGCACCGGAAAGCUGGGAUCCGAGGAAGACUUGAAGAGGAUCGAAACCGCCUUCGGAUUCCUCGACACCUUCCUGGAGGGCCAGGAGUACGUCGCUGGCGACCAUCUCACUGUGGCCGAUAUUGCUAUUUUGGCCAACGUCUCCACCUUUGAGAUUACCGAGUUCGACUUCAGCAAGUACUCCAAUGUGGUCAGGUGGUACGCCAACGCCAAGAAGGUGACUCCCGGAUGGGACGAGAACGUUAAGGGUCUGGAGAUAAUGAAGUGUUCAGGAACUCGAAGGCGGCCUCCAGCUUUAUUCAGCAUGGAUUUCUACUAUAUGUCAGGUAGCGGUGGAUGCCGCACGGUCAUGAUGGUGGCCAAGGCUCUUGGACUCGAGCUGAACAAGAAGUUCGUGAACACCAUGGAGGGCGAUCAGCUGAAGCCGGAGUUCGUGAAGAUCAAUCCCCAGCACACCAUCCCCACUCUAGUGGACAAUGGAUUCGCCAUCUGGGAGUCCCGUGCGAUCGCCGUCUAUCUGGUCGAGAAGUACGGCAAGGACGAUUCGCUCUAUCCCAAGGAUCCCAAGAAGCAGGCCGUGGUCAACCAGCGCCUGUACUUCGACAUGGGCACCCUAUCCGAAGCCUUCGCCAAGUACUACUAUCCCUUCUUCCGCACCGGAAAGCUGGGAUCCGAGGAAGACUUGAAGAGGAUCGAAACCGCCUUCGGAUUCCUCGACACCUUCCUGGAGGGCCAGGAGUACGUCGCUGGCGACCAUCUCACUGUGGCCGAUAUUGCUAUUUUGGCCAACGUCUCCACCUUUGAGAUUACCGAGUUCGACUUCAGCAAGUACUCCAAUGUGGUCAGGUGGUACGCCAACGCCAAGAAGGUGACUCCCGGAUGGGACGAGAACGUCAAGGGUCUGGAGAUGAUGAAGUCUUUCUUUGAGUCCAAAGUUGCCGCUGCCAAGAAGUGAUUUACCAUUAUAUAACUUAACACUUUAUAUGUGAUGCUUAUUUACAAUUUACAAUAAAAUAUAAAUACAGAAUUGAAA